AUGGGGAGAAAAAUGAAGAUUUUACCUUUUAUUAAUAUUUUUACGUAUAUAUUUUUCUCUUCGAUAUAUAAUUUUUACAUUGAAAAGAGUACUUUCUAUAAAUAUGGAAAUGUGAAGAUUAUUGUUGAUGGGAAAUUAUGUACAAGAAUUAAUAGAUAUCUAGCAAAAUGUAACCAGAAUAAAGAUUUACAUAUUGUUGAAUUAAAAGAAGAAAUACCAAAUAAUAGAGUAUAUGAAAAAAAAAAAGAUAUAUCUAAUAAUGAAAAAGAAUCUACAGGAAAAAAAGAACAACCAAUUGGAUGUUCAUUAGAGAAUUCGAACGUCAAUAGAUCAUUUGUAAAACAUAAAUCCUGUAUGUUUGAAACAAAAAAAUACUCUCGUCGAGAAAAAAAAAUAUUCAAAGAACUUGAUUAUAUAGAUUUUCUUAAAAGGAACAAGAAUAUUAGUGAUAAGACUUACAAAAAAAUAAUGCGUAAAAAAUUCUCAUUACGAUUAGGAUCACCUUUAUUAUUGUUUUUGUUGUUAUCAACUCUACUCAUAGUAGAUAUAUCUCUGUGUUAUCCAUCUGGAGGAAAGGGAUUUUUGGAAUUAUCAGGAUUGAAAUCGAUUUUAAGUUCCUUGGGGAAACUUUGA